GAGCGCGUCGGCGGCCAUUUUGUGAAGCGGCGAAGGAGGUGGUGUCUGCUACCGGCUCCGGGAAGCCGUUCGGGCUGGGGCUGUCGGCCGCGGGGCGGAGGCACUCGCGCGGGGGGUAAUUCAGGUCUGGGUUCGGGUGCCGCGCAGCUCUCCCCGUCUAAAAGUUGGUUUUAAUUGGUUGCCCACAGGAUUGACUUGGCCUCUACUUCUUGUUAAGAAAAUACAUCUCUUGUUUUAUCAGGUGUUUGUGCUUUCAGCGCAGCAUGGCUGUGGUCAUCCGCUUGCAAGGUCUCCCAAUUGUGGCGGGGACCAUGGACAUUCGCCACUUCUUCUCUGGAUUGACCAUCCCUGAUGGGGGCGUGCAUAUUGUAGGGGGUGAACUGGGUGAGGCUUUCAUCGUUUUUGCCACUGAUGAAGAUGCAAGGCUUGGUAUGAUGCGCACAGGUGGUACAAUUAAAGGGUCAAAAGUAACACUGUUGUUGAGUAGUAAAACGGAAAUGCAGAAUAUGAUUGAACUGAGUCGUAGGCGGUUUGAAACUGCCAACUUAGAUAUACCACCAGCAAAUUCUAGUAGAUCAGGACCGCCUCCUAGCUCAGGAAUGAGUGGCAGGGUAAACUUACCUACAACAGUGCCCAACUUUAAUAAUCCUUCACCCACUGUAGUUACUGCUGCUACUUCUGUUCAUGAAAGCAACAAAAAUAUACAGACAUUUUCCACAGCCAGCAUAGGAACGGCUCCUCCAAAUAUGGGGGCCUCCUUUGGGAGCCCAACGUUUAGCUCAACUAUACCAAGCACAGCCUCUCCAAUGAACACAGUCCCACCACCACCAAUUCCUCCAAUCCCAGCGAUGCCAUCUAUGCCACCAAUGCCGUCUAUUCCCCCAAUACCAGUUCCUCCUCCAGUACCUACAUUGCCUCCUGUGCCUCCUGUGCCCCCAAUGCCCCCAGUACCUUCUGUGCCACCCAUGACCCCAUUGCCACCCAUGUCAGGUAUGCCACCCUUGAACCCUCCACCUGUGGCACCGCUACCUGCUGGAAUGAAUGGCUCUGGAGCACCUAUGAAUCUGAACAAUAACUUGAACCCUGUGUUUCUGGGUCCAUUGAAUCCUGUUAACCCUAUCCAGAUGAACUCUCAAAGCGGAGUGAAACCACUUCCCAUCAAUCCUGAUGAUCUUUAUGUUAGUGUACAUGGAAUGCCCUUUUCUGCAAUGGAAAAUGAUGUCAGAGAUUUUUUUCAUGGGCUCCGUGUUGAUGCAGUGCACUUGUUGAAAGAUCAUGUGGGUCGAAAUAAUGGGAAUGGAUUGGUUAAGUUCCUCUCCCCUCAAGAUACCUUUGAAGCUUUGAAAAGAAACAGAAUGCUGAUGAUUCAACGUUAUGUGGAAGUUAGCCCUGCCACAGAGAGACAGUGGGUAGCUGCUGGAGGCCAUAUCACUUUUAAGCAAAGUAUGGGACCUUCUGGACAAACCCAUCCCCCUCCUCAGACAGUUCCCAGAUCAAAAUCGCCCAGUGGGCAGAAAAGAUCAAGGUCAAGAUCACCACAUGAGGCUGGUUUUUGUGUUUAUUUGAAAGGGCUGCCAUUUGAAGCAGAAAACAAACAUGUCAUUGAUUUUUUUAAGAAGUUGGAUAUUGUGGAAGAUAGUAUUUAUAUUGCUUAUGGACCCAAUGGGAAAGCAACUGGUGAAGGCUUCGUAGAGUUCAGGAAUGAGGCUGACUAUAAGGCUGCUCUAUGUCGACAUAAACAAUAUAUGGGCAGUCGUUUUAUUCAAGUUCAUCCAAUAACUAAGAAGGGCAUGCUAGAAAAGAUAGAUAUGAUUCGAAAAAGACUGCAGAACUUCAGCUAUGACCAGAGGGAAAUGAUGUUGAAUCCAGAGGGUGAUGUCAGCUCUGCCAAAGUCUGUGCCCACAUUACAAAUAUUCCAUUCAGCAUUACCAAGAUGGAUGUUCUUCAGUUCCUAGAAGGAAUUCCUGUGGAUGAAAAUGCUGUUCAUGUUCUUGUUGAUAACAAUGGGCAAGGUCUAGGACAGGCAUUGGUUCAGUUUAAAAAUGAAGAUGAUGCACGUAAGUCUGAACGCUUACACCGUAAAAAACUUAAUGGGAGAGAAGCUUUUGUUCAUGUAGUUACUCUAGAAGAUAUGAGAGAGAUUGAGAAAAAUCCCCCUGCUCAAGGCAAAAAGGGGUUAAAGAUGCCUGUGCCAGGUAAUCCUGCAGUUCCAGGAGUGCCCAAUGCAGGAGUGCCCGGUGCAGGAGUGCCCGGUGCAGGAGUGCCUGGUUCUGGAGUGCCCGGUGCAGGAGUGCCCGGUGCAGGAGUGCCCGGUGCAGGAGUGCCCGGUUCUGGAGUGCCCGGGGCUGGAGUGCCCGGUGCUGGAGUGCCCGGUGCUGGAGUGCCUGGGGCAGGAAUGCCCGGUGCUGGAAUGCCUGGCGCCGGAAUGCCCGGCGCUGGAGUGCCGGGCUCUGUGAUGCCGGGCGCUGCCAUGCCCGGCGCUGCCUUGCCUGGCGCUGUGAUGCCUGGUGCUGCAAUGUCUGGUGCUGGGAUCCCUGGUGCUGGGAUGCCUGGCCCGGGGAUGCCCGGCCCAGGGAUGCCUGGUGUGGGGAUACCUGGUGCAGGGAUUCCUGGUGCAGGAGGUGAAGAGCAUGCCUUCCUGACCGUAGGAUCUAAGGAAGCCAAUAAUGGGCCUCCAUUUAACUUUCCUGGUAAUUUUGGUGGGUCAAAUGCCUUUGGACCACCACUCCCUCCUCCAGGAUUAGGAGGAGCCUUUGGUGAUGUUAGGCCUGGUAUGCCUUCAGUUGGAAAUAGUGGUUUGCCGGGUUUAGGACUGGAUGUUCCAGGUUUUGGUGGUGGACCAAAUAGUAUAAGUGGGCCAGGAUUUGGAGGGGGCCCUCAGAAUUUUGGAAAUGGUCCUGGUGGCUUAGGUGGCCCUCCUGGCUUUGGAAGUGGCCCUCCUGGUCUUGGGAGUGCCCCUGGGCAUUUGAGUGGACCACCAGCUUUUGGGCCUGGGCCUGGCCCUGGGCCAAUCCAUAUUGGUGGUCCCCCUGGCUUUGGAUCUAGUUCUGGAAAACCAGGACCAACAGUAAUUAAAGUGCAGAAUAUGCCCUUCACUGUGUCUAUUGAUGAGAUCCUAGAUUUCUUUUAUGGCUAUCAAGUGAUUCCAGGCUCAGUAUGUUUAAAAUACAAUGAAAAAGGUAUGCCCACAGGUGAAGCCAUGGUGGCCUUCGAAUCUCGUGAUGAAGCCACGGCUGCUGUCUUUGAUUUAAAUGACAGACCUAUUGGCUCAAGGAAAGUAAAACUUGUAUUAGGGUAGCUGUUCACAUCAGUUCUUUAUAGGGUAGCUUCAUAGUGCUGUGAUUAAAUGCAUCCAGAUUGUUUCCUAGUAUUUCCAGGUUAGAACCUGUGGAUUGAUUCAAUUGCAUAUAGAUCGGUUUUCAUAACAUAGAGCAUUGGUUGACAGAAGACUCAUUCAUUAUAAGGAUAAACAUUGCUGUAUGUUACAGUAAAGCUAUCUGGAGGGAACACAAAAAUGAUUUUGGUAUGCCAUUAGAGAAACCAUUUGUAAAACUCAAAUGACCAUAUAACGCUUAUCAAGGAGUCUAGAUUGGUUUUGUUUUAUAUCAGAUGAGAUGAAGAAAAUAGAAAUGUCAGUAAUAGAGCUCAUAGUGCUCUUGCCAGCUGCUGAAAAAUAGAAGUUGGCUACUAUUGGAAUUUGGUUUCAAGCUGGACGGAUUUGCUUUGUUAUAGGGUCAAAGCUUUGUCUAAAGUCCUUAUUUUCUUUUCAAAUUAAAUAAAAUCUCUGUAUUCAGAUUCACUGUAUGUACCUUUAUUGCUUCUUGAGGGUUCUUGCUGUAUAGUCAGUCAUGCUUCUGAAGUUGCUGCUUUGUUUGCCUAAUUGACUCAUUUGUAAAUGAGCAGACUGUUUUGUUGUUUUAAUAUAAAACUCCAGGUGUUUGG